GAUGAUUUGGCACUGGUCCUGUGUUGUUGUUCUGCUGACUUGGUCAGCUCCCGCUACAGCUGUUGUCGGAGGUGCGCCGGCGUCACCUCCGGAACCCGAUGCAGCUGUAGUUUUCAUCCAGCGACAUGGCAGAAGCGCGAGGCUAGAGGGUCUCAAAGACGACAAACUCGGUUACUACACUUUCUUUGGGAUAAGAUAUGCUGAGCCACCGCUAGGACCACGAAGGUUCCAACGGCCAGUGAGGCAGUAUUUAGCAAGUGAGCUGAACGCCACGAGACAAUGCUUACCGUGUCCGCAACGAGACCCUUACUAUCCCGACCGAUUUAUUGGUCACGAAGAUUGUUUGUGUCUCAAUGUAUUCGCUCCCAAAAUGCCUGGCGAUGAACGAGGUUGCCCAGUAGUCUUCUUUGUCCACGGAGGCAACUAUAAAAGCGGUUCUGCGUCUGCGUAUGGAGGCCAACAUCUUACUCAAAAAGAUACUAUAUUGGUGACGGCGCAGUAUCGCUUAGGAUCUUUAGGAUACCUUAGUACUGAUGAAAGAGAUGCAGCUGGAAACGUUGGUUUGUUUGACCUACAUGCUGUAAUGGCCUGGAUUCAAGACUAUAUAACGUUUUUUGGUGGUGAUCCAACUCGAGUUGUUGUAAUGGGCCAAGGUUCGGGUGGGAGCGCUGCAUCACUUUUAGCAAUGUCAGCGGAAGGACGUACCGCGACUGGUGUCGCUGCGUUAUCAGGUGCUCCUCUAUCACCAGGGGCAGUUAGACCUGAACCAGCUAAACACGCCGAUACCAUAGCAGAACGUACUGGAUGCCCAAAGAGACCUGCAGAGAGUCUUAUUAAGUGCCUUCGACAGGUACCCGUGGAAAAACUAAUUAUGGCCGAUGAAGACUUAAGCAUGGAUAACGCUAUGGACACAAUGAAAUUUUUGGAUGAAAUAUCUGGACGCUCAGGUGCUGGAGCUCGCGUAGAAGGUGAGGAUGACAAACGAGCCUUGCCACCAAUUGUAUCGGAGAAACCGGCUGAUUCUUUAAAAAAGAAAACGAAAAGACCUCCUAUGUUGACAGGUGUCACUUCUGCAGAGACAUCCAGAGCCGUUUUCGGAAAAUACAACAAGUUUCUAACUAACCAAUUACAGGCCGUUAAGGACUUCAUUAAAAAAGACUUGGUCGGUGGUCUACAAGGUGUUGUGCAAGGCGUCGAUGGUCUACUGCCUAUAACGGCAGUGGUCGGAUCUAUACUUCCUAUAUCAUUGACGGAUUACUAUGGAUCGGUCUUCAAUACAACUUUAAACGCAGUCGAUGGUCUAUCUCAAAUAGUUGAAGCCACAGGUGAUGCUUUGUUCAACUUUCCUGCGUACCAGAGUGUUCGCCAGUGGAGCGCAGGGGGUCCCGCUUAUCUAUAUAGCUUUGAAUACGUUGGGAACCUUAGUAAAGGGUCAUAUUUUCUACCUGGACUUGCCCUUACUGAUAACUCAAAUGAUAUGAAAGUAUAUGAAAACAAAAUGAAGGGCCCAGCUCACGGAGAUGAGCUUGCCUACAUAUUCGAACCGUUGGACAACGAAGGAAAAUCAAUGAGUGGUGCAGUAUCCGACAGUGAUGCUAAAGUUAGGGACAACUUUGUAGAUCUCAUUUCCAAAUUCGCGCACAGCCUUAAUGGAGAAGAGAACAAUACAAAGACGAAUUUGAUGGGCUUGCAACCGUAUUCAGAAGAAAAUGAUCAGUUCUUAAAAAUCAAUGAUGGCAUCAAAACAGAUAAAGGGUUUAGGUUUUGCCAGAUGGGCUUAUGGGGUGGAAUGGCGGAUAGACUAACAGGAGCUCUCUGCAAAAAUUUAAUUGGGGAUUUGUUAUCCAAAUUGCCGAUACCCUUGCCAGUGGACAAGUUGCCGGUAGAUAAUCCUUUGAACAAUUUGGGAUUAGGCAAUCUCGGAGGAAACAAACUACCAUUAAACAACCUUGGGGGAAAUAAAAACAUGCUGGUGCCAGGUCUGCUCGGCAGGAAGCCUACAGAGCCGCCGAGGGUCCAACAAGUAACCAGGAGGACAACGCGAGGCUCUCUCUUUGGACUUCCUAUAGACUUUUAAGUUCAUUACCUCUGCAAUAAUUAACAUGUUAUGUAAAUUGUUUGCCUGAUAGGACUAUAAAUUAAUUAAAAAACAAAAAUUAAUAUUGUCU